AAAUACGCCGCCAAGGAAGUGCUAGUAGACAGGACGGCCGCCAACAAUGGUCUGCUGAAUGGCAGGCGCUCCAAGUUUGAGGAUGGCAAGAAGGAUGGCCACUACGGCAGUGGACGUGUUUCCUCCAGCACGCAGAACAAGAUCGCGCACGUUAUCCCGGACAGCCAAUCAGAUAUAGCGCUGCCUCCGCAAACCGACGAAUUUCCUGAUUAUGUAAAAGAAUAUGCUAUUAUUAAGAACAUUGAGCAGCGUCGCCGUUACAAAACGGAUUUUAAUAAACAUUACGAGGAGUAUAAGGAGCUGUAUGGCGUCGUCAAACAAGUUUCAAAUAGAUUUACCCAACUCGAGGACAGACUCAAAACGGAGGAUACAUCUACUGAACAAUAUAAAGAUUUGCAACGACAGAUACUGAGGGAGUAUCAAGACACCAAAAAUGACAGAGAAGCACAACGUGCUAAAAAUCGGUUCCAGUACCUACAUGACAAGCUGUCGCACAUAAACCAACUCGUCUUUGAUUACAAUCAGAUGUACACCGACCAGAGUGAUAUCAGGUACUGAUAGUGGGCUGCGGCUUUUUGGUCAAUGACAUGUAACCGAUCAUCAUAUACGUUACGGACAACUACAAUUACCACCAAUGGACGACGA